CGCCUCUAUGGUGUUCGCUCCAACCACAUUCACCAGCCAAGACUACAUCAGUGACCACCUGUGGAAGGCCAACGUGAACUAAGAAGAUCUGCACAACACCGAAAAUUAAUCGCACGACCAUGGCCACUGCUAUCUUAAGGACCUUCAAGCCUGUCCAGGCCAGGACUGGAUUCACCAACGCCUUCAUAUCUGUCCGAAAUGUCAGAUUCAAUGCCACAGUGGCACCGGGACCAGGCACACCACGAGCUGCCGCCCCACGCGUCUCAUCGCGCUCAACCAAGCCCUCCUACGAGCGUGCAACUUUUACUAUUCGGGGAGGACCUAUCUUCCACGGAAAGAGUUUUGGGGCCAAGACAAACGUCAGUGGAGAGGCAGUCUUCACAACCUCCCUCGUGGGAUACCCAGAAUCCAUGACGGAUCCAUCCUACCGCGGUCAGAUUUUGGUCUUCACACAACCACUGAUUGGCAAUUACGGUGUGCCAUCGGCCACUCGUGAUGAGUAUGGCCUGCUCAAGUACUUUGAGAGCCCAAACAUCCAGGCAUCUGCUAUUGUAGUUGCUGAUGCCGCACUGCAAUACUCCCACUGGACUGCUGUAGAGAGCUUGGCCGAGUGGUGCGCUCGUGAGGGCGUUGCUGCCAUCUCCGGCGUGGACACACGUGCCAUCGUGACCUAUCUGCGAGAGCAGGGUUCCUCCCUGGGCAAGAUUACUGUUGGAGAGGAAUACGAUGCAGAUGAGGACGAGGCAUAUGAUGACCCCGCUGCCAUAAACUUGGUCGCCAAGGUCUCCACCAAAGCUCCAUUCCACGUGCCAUCACCCAAUGGAAAUGCCCACGUCGCUCUGAUCGACUGCGGUGUCAAGGAGAACAUCAUCCGAUCCAUCGUCGGACGUGGCGCGAGCGUCACUUGCUUGCCAUGGGACUACCCGAUUCACAAGACCGCUCACCAUUUCGACGGAGUCUUCAUCUCGAACGGUCCGGGUGACCCAACUCACUGCCGUGCCACCAGUGACAAUCUUCGCAAGUUGAUGAACACCAGCCAGAUCCCCAUCAUGGGCAUCUGCCUUGGUCAUCAGCUCCUCGCAAUCGCGGCCGGCGCCCGAACCACCAAGAUGAAGUAUGGCAACCGUGCUCACAACAUUCCAGCCUUGGACUUGAACACUGGCAAGUGCCACAUCACAUCUCAAAACCACGGAUACGCGGUCGACGCGACAUCGCUUCCAAGCGAGUUCAAGGAAUACUUCACCAACUUGAACGAUGGCUCCAACGAGGGCAUGAUCCACAAGACCAGGCCCAUCUUCAGCACACAGUUCCAUCCUGAGGCCAAGGGUGGCCCAUUGGACAGCAGCUACCUGUUCGAUGCCUACCUCAACAGCGUUCAGCAGUACAAGGCUCAGAAUGAUGUUCUCAAGGGUGGCAAGGACAACCGACCGAGUCCUCUUCUGGUCGACCUUUUGGCCAAGGAGCGGGUUGGUGUUGCUCCAGCUUAUCGCCUUCCUCAGGCUGAGGCUCGUGCAUGAAAGACUGUCUUUUGACUAUUGUGCUUUUACACGGUGGGAUUUGAUUGGCGUUUGUUUUGUAGUUAAGUAUGGAGAGCAAGUACUCACGAAGAUACCACGACAAAUCAACUUUCAAAGCC